CUGCAGGUGACGUAAUAGGGCUGCUUGCAUGGGUGGCUGAGAGUGCAAAUGAAAAAGCACCGGUGCGCGACCACUUGCUCUUUUCAAGCGAGCACAGAAGAAGGAGGUGAGCAGUGAAGAUGAAGAUUGCAGUGAUUGGUCAGAGCCUGUUCGGCCAGGAGGUGUACAAGGAGCUGAGGAAGGAGGGCCACACCAUCGUAGGAGUGUUCACCAUCCCUGACAAGGACGGCAAGGCUGACCCACUGGGCACUGAGGCGGAGAAGGAUGGUGUAGCUGUGUUCAAGUUCCCUCGCUGGCGCGUGAAGGGCCAGGCCAUCCCCGAGGUGGUGGCUCAGUACAAGGCAACGGGUGCUGAGCUAAACGUCCUGCCCUUCUGCUCCCAGUUCAUCCCCAUGGAGGUCAUCGACCACCCCAAACACGGCUCCAUCAUCUACCACCCCUCCCUGCUGCCUCUCCACAGGGGGGCCUCUGCUAUCAACUGGACCCUGAUCCACGGGGACAAAAAGGGCGGGUUCACAGUGUUCUGGGCUGAUGACGGACUGGAUACCGGACCAAUCCUGCUGCAGAGGGAGUGUGAUGUUGAACCCAAUGACACUGUCAACACUAUCUACAAGAGGUUCCUUUUUCCAGAGGGAAUCAAGGGCACAGUGGACGCAGUGAGGCUGAUUGCAGAAGGGAAGGCCCCGAGGAUCACUCAGCCACAGGAGGGAGCCACGUACGAGUGCAUCCAGAAGAAAGACAACGCUAAGAUUGACUGGAGCCAGACGGCUGAGGCUCUCCACAACUGGAUCAGAGGAAACGACAAAGUGCCAGGUGCCUGGGCAGAGGUGGAUGGACAGAAAGUGACCUUCUACGGCUCCUCUUUGGUGGAUGCAGGCACCAAAAUGGACGGUCAGUCCCUGGAGAUUGCCGGAGCCAGCCGACCUGGCGUGAUCACCAAAGCAGGCCUGGUGCUGUUUGGCAACGAUGGCAAGGCACUCAUGGUGAAGAAUCUGCAGUUUGAGGAUGGGAAGAUGAUCGCUGCAGCACAGUACUUCAGCUCAGGGAGCAGCGCUGCUGUGGAGCUCACAGAGGAGGAGAAGACCUUUGCUGAGCAGAUGAGGGCAGUGUGGCAGAGCAUUCUGAGCAAUGUGAGUCACAUUGAAGAGUCCACUGAUUUCUUCAAGUCUGGCGCUACUUCCAUGGAUGUGGUCAGGCUCGUAGAAGAGGUGAAGCUGCGGACCAGCAGCUGCCAGCUGCAGAAUGAGGACAUCUACAUGAACACCACAUACCACGAUUUCAUCCAGAUGUGUGUCAGGAAGCUCAGAGGGGAGGAUGGUGAAGAGGAGCUGGUCGUUGAUCAUGUAGAAAAGGACAUAAACCAUAUGACCAUAAAAAUGCCUCAUCAGCUGUUCAUCAAUGGAGAGUUUGUUGAUGCUGAGGGAGGAAAGACCUACAAGACCAUCAACCCGACUGACGGCACAGUCAUCUGUGAAGUGUCUCUGGCCCAGAUAAGUGAUGUGGACAAGUCUGUGGCUGCGGCUAAAGAGGCGUUUGAGGAGGGAGAGUGGGGCAAAAUGAACCCAAGAGACAGAGGGAGACUCAUCUACAAGCUGGCUGACCUCAUGGAGCAGCACCAGGAGGAACUGGCCACCAUUGAAGCCAUCGACUCAGGAGCUGUUUACACGCUGGCCCUCAAGACUCACGUGGGCAUGUCCAUCCAGACCUUCCGCUACUUUGCUGGCUGGUGUGACAAGAUCCAAGGCAGCACCAUCCCCAUCAACCAGGCCAGACCCAAUCGUAACCUCACCUUUACCAAGAAGGAGCCAAUAGGAGUGUGUGCCAUUGUGAUUCCCUGGAACUACCCUCUGAUGAUGUUGGCCUGGAAGACGGCCGCCUGCCUGGCAGCUGGAAACACUAUCGUCCUCAAACCUGCUCAGGUGACUCCGCUCACAGCGCUGAAGUUUGCCGAGUUGGCAGCAAGGGCAGGACUGCCCAAGGGUGUCAUUAACAUUCUGCCUGGUGCAGGCGCUCUGGUGGGUCAGCGUCUGUCUGACCAUCCUGAUGUCCGCAAACUGGGCUUCACGGGUUCCACUGAGAUCGGUAAACACAUCAUGAAGAGUUGUGCAGUCAGUAACGUGAAGAAAGUCUCUCUGGAGCUCGGAGGAAAAUCCCCACUCAUCAUCUUCAGUGACUGUGACAUGGACAAGGCUGUGCGCAUGGGCAUGAGUUCCGUAUUCUUCAACAAGGGGGAGAACUGCAUCGCAGCCGGCAGACUGUUUGUAGAAGACACCAUUCAUGACCAGUUUGUAAAAAAAGUGGUUGAGGAGGUGAAUAAGAUGAAGAUUGGUGAUCCACUGGACCGAUCCACUGACCACGGCCCUCAGAACCACAAAGCCCACCUGGACAAACUGGUGGAGUUCUGUCAGACCGGUGUGAAGGAGGGAGCCACCCUGAUCUGUGGCAGCAAGCAGAUACAGCGACCAGGUUUCUUCUUUGAACCCACGGUGUUCACUGACGUUCAAGACCACAUGUACAUCGCAAAAGAGGAGUCAUUUGGACCCGUCAUGAUCAUUUCCAAGUUCAAGGGCGAUGAUGUGGACGAUGUCCUGAGAAGGGCCAACGCCACAGAGUACGGCCUGGCGUCGGGUGUUUUCACACGAGACAUCAGCAAAGCUCUGUACGUCAGUGACAAGCUCAAUGCCGGCACAGUAUUUGUCAACACCUACAACAAGACUGAUGUGGCCUCGCCUUUCGGAGGCUUUAAACAGUCUGGAUUUGGUAAAGACCUGGGUCAAGAUGCUCUCAACGAAUACCUGAAGACAAAGGCAGUGACCAUUGAAUAUUAAACCACAUUAUAGAGGACAUCAGCUUCCUGUGUGCACUGAUUUGUUUGUGGACACUGACAUAAGAGACAUGUGAAGGGAGAUCUGUCACCAGCACUGACCUGUACUCAUGUCUCCAGACUUGUUCCUUCACUAGUGACUAUUGACUGAGUUAAAGUCUUAACAUGCUAAUUGUUCACAUUAACACCUUUUAAUUAAACUGAGCCAUGUGUAAUAUGAAAAUGAAGCAUGCCUCUAGCUAGAUCACGUAACUCCAGAGACUGUUUCACCAUCAAUGUGUCUGAGAAACGAGGUGGCAUUUAAAACAGAUUGUAUGCAUUUGUAAUAUGGCUUACAUUAGGUCAGAAGAGUUUCAAGAAAUGUAACAUUUCUAAUCAUGUUUGCUUAUCAAUGAAAACUGCUGAGCACA